UAAAGAGCGGCGAUGUAAACCCUAAACAUGUUCAGGAGAAUGCCCUAAACUGUUCAUCGCGUGAAUCAAAGGACGAGAGCUCUCAGAGCACCCGCUGUGACCAACGCCAAGAACUCCGCGGUGUCUUAUUCACCUCACUAACGUAAUGGCCACCAGGCGACUGAGAGCGUUCAAGCGGUGGAUGAAUUCCCAAGGAAUCGAGUACAGCAGCGCGCUGGGCUUCGUUGACAGUCCCGAAGGCGACGGUAUCUCCGUGAGAGCGCUGUGCGAUCUCAAGGAAGGCGAUGUGGUGGCGAGAAUACCCAAGGCUACGUGCCUCACCAUCCAGACUAGUGGGGCGCGCGACGUAAUCGAAUCCGUUGGAUUUGGUGGUUAUCUGGGGCUAGCGGUGGCGCUCAUGUACGAGAGGAGCUUAGGAGAAAGCUCGCCCUGGGCUGACUACCUCCAACUCUUGCCUUGCCAGGAGUGCUUACCCUUGCUCUGGACUCUGGACGAGGUGGACUUUCUCCUACGUGGAACUGAGCUCCACACGACUAUGAAAGAAGACAAAGCUCUUAUAUACGAGGACUGGAAAGAGAAUAUUCUUCCCCUCUUGGAUUCACAGCAUUUUAAUCUGAAUCCAAUAUUUUUCGGCAUUGAACAAUACUUUGCCGCUAAAAGUCUUAUCUACUCUCGGUCUUUUGAGAUAGACGAUUACCAUGGAUUUGGAAUGGUUCCUUUGGCUGAUCUUUUUAAUCACAAGACAGGAGCUGAGGAUGUACACUUCACCUCUGUAUCUUCCAACUCUGACUCUGAAAGUGAUGCUGACUGCAAGAAAAAUGAUAUGCAUUCCAAUACUGGUGAUAAUGAACCAUCCAUUAAAACUUCUUCAGAUGUGGAAGGAUCAAAUACCACCCUUGUCGGGAAGAAUCCUUGUCAUGGUGGUGACUUGGACUGCUCUUCAGUUCUUGGGGAUCAUACCACAAUGCUGGAAAUGGUUAUGGUGAAAGUUGUUGAAGUUGGAGCUGAGAUCUUCAAUACAUAUGGAUCAUUGGGAAAUGCUGCAUUGCUUCACAGAUAUGGAUUCACAGAACCAAAUAAUCCAUUCGACAUUGUAAAUAUUGAUUUGGAACUAGUACUCCAAUGGACUUCAUCUCUGUUCUCUAGUCGGUACAGUAGAGCAAGGCUAUCCCUGUGGAGAAGAUUGGAUUUCUCUGGAUGUGUCAGUGAGAACACCGAGUAUUUUGAGAUCUCAUUUGAUGGGGAACCCCAAAUUGAGCUGCUAAUAUUAUUGUACACAAUGCUGUUGCCAGAGGAUACAUAUUAUGAUUUGGAUUUAAGAUUGUCAACUGCAGGGAACCUUAAUGGGGCCAUAGGCAUGAUUUUGUUGAAAGAAGGCAAGUCAAUGUGGAAAGAAGCUUCGGAAUUGAGCGGGGAUAUGUUUUUGACAAAGGAUGUUUGUAAUGCUCUCUGUUCUCUGGCAGACAUGCGAGAGUGUUUCUAUACUUCUAAUUCAAUAGAAGAUGAUAUUAAAGCACUCGAGAAUUGUUGCAUAAUAAGAGAGAGAAAGUUGUACCAUUCUUUAAUGCUGCGUGUCAGCGAGAGGAGGAUACUGAAGAGGCUCAGAACUUAUGCUGCUGUUGGUGCUCAGUCUUUUAAAGUUGCUAAGCGAUCCUCGACGAAGAAGGUGAGGAAGACAUGAAAGUUGAGCCAGUCUCUUUAAACAGCAUUCCUGGGGGUUUCUUAUUGAACCAAUGUGUGACGACUGGCAAUUAGUAGGCAAUCUCACCAUUUGGGGAUCCCGAAUGUGAAACUUUCGAGUCGCUCUCUCUUGGGAAUUCAUCUUUUUUCUAUUUCAUUUGGUUUGAGAUGGAGACAUUCAUUUUGUAGGCUGCUCAUGCAAGUUUUGAGGCACUUGUUUGUUUAACUGAAAAAUGGUAACCAAUUUACGAAUAACAGAAUUCUAUUCUAAAUCAUUGCUGGGCGAUUUCCCAAUCAAACAACA